AUGGCCAUCCGGGAUAUCGUCGCCAAUCCCUCGCUGCUGCCCGUGCUCGGGCUCAGCGCCGAGACUCGCGAUCAAUGCAUGAAACUGCUGGCCGUCCUCGACCCCACGGCUGAUCUGUCUGAUGACCCCCAAGAGCGUGCUCUGGCAGCCUCUCGCGAGCAGAAACAAUUGUUUGCUCUUCUGGCUCGUCUGCGGGGGCAGAACCGGGAUGCGAUCGUGCGGGUGCGCGAGACCAAGCAGUCUACUGCAGAGGCCCGCCAGGAGAUUGACCGUCUCCAUCUUCAGCUUCAGAACUUGUAUUAUGAACAGCGACAUUUGACAGGCGAGAUUGCCGCCUGCGAGUCCUACGAUCACAAAUAUCGCUCCCUCCCCUUGAUCCCUCUCGAAGAGUUUCUGGCUCUGCAUCCCGAGCACCAGCAGUCCGAUGAACACGAAUUGAUGAUCGCUCGCAUCAACCACGAACACGCAGAACGGGAGAAGCUGGAACAGGCACGACAGGAGCUGUUGAAGCGCAAGCAAGCAUUGAUUGCGGAGAACAACAAGCGCAAGGAGGACUUGGCCAGCUUGGAUCAGGAUCUGGAGCGGUUUAUUGACCAUGUGGCCAUGACGGCCAAGAAUGAUCCCCAGACGUCUCCCCAGACUGUCUCCAACCACACAAUGACUACCACAACCCCCACGCCGCGUCUGCCGCCGCCCGAGAAGCCCGAGGCCAUCCGCACCCGCUUCAAGGUCAUUGCGGCCUUCUGGGCUGUGAUCAUCUUCCUGGGCUUUCCCAUCUGGUGGAAGACCACCUCGAUCUAUCGUGCUUCCCUGCCGGUUUCGGACAUGAUUGAUUGGGCUGAUGGAAAGACCUGUCGUCCUGUCUUCCCCCUCGAGAUCCGCGUCGAGACCCCCUCCCUGCCCGACGUCGACGCUCAGAAUCUCCUCCGCUCUACGCAGCACACGCUCGACGACCUCAAUGAGUUCUCCGCGCACCACCUGCGACUGAAGCUCUCCAACGAAGACCCCGAUCAGCCCCCCGCCGCCGACGCCGCGGACACCGCAUUGACCGUCCGUCUACUGCCCCAGGACGACCUCGCCAGCCCUCGAGCAGCUCUCCACCAUGAUACCACUCAGCUCGACGUCUUCUAUCCUCCCAGCCACAUCCCGCCUCCGUCUGCAUCCAACUCGCCCCUAUCUACCUUCAUCGCAGACGAGCUCCAGCUCCUCUUCGCCGAGGAGAAGGCCAUCAUCGCCCAGGUGCUCUCCGACAACAACAUCCCCGGCGCACCCACUUCCCCGGAUCUCGCAGAGAGCGUCACUCGCCGUCUGCGCCGCUCCAUGAAAUACGCCGACACCUACCACCUCGCAUUCAGUCUGUUCACCCCCGGCGCAUCCCCUUCCUCCUGGGACAUUCAAGCCGCCGUGCACGACUACAUCACCCCAGUCCUCGACGCCUUUUCCCCUAUCAGCAACUUCACCGUCGACACCCAAGUCCAACUCUACGCAACCUCCUCCCCAACCGCACCACCCCCGGAAUACGACGAAAUCCACUCCGCCUGGACCCUCAAAAAAGAUGACCUCAGCGCCUUCAUCAACGCCGCCGAAUGGCCCCUCAGUCCCAGCAUCGGCCCGGGCCCAACCAUCAACUUCAUCCUCUACAUCCCCUCCCCCUCACAAUCUCCCCUCGUCGUCAAGGACAGCCUCGCAACAAGCUGGAUCAUCCCCCAAUGGGGCGGCGUCUUCCUCCUCAACCCCCCUAACCACCCAACUCACCUCACCAAAGAAACCCUCGGCCCAGCCUUCAUGACCUUCUCCCACCAACUUCUCACCCUCCUCGGCGCCCCUUCCACCCCUCCGCCUCUUCCUCUCCGUCUUCAGACUCUCAUCCGCGUCCGCGCGGCCUCUCUCCUCCUCUCCGCUUCCUCAACCAUGGGCUCCCUCGCCCGUCUCACCGAAUCCCUCCCCCAGAUCCCUAUCCCCGCUACAGUGGCUACCUCUGUCUCUACUACGCUCUCUCAUCUUUCUUCCGCAUGCGACCAUUUCCGUCACGGCCAGUUCCAAGCCGCCCUGGCAAGUGCCCGUGUCGCGGAGGCCGAGGCCGAGCGCAGCUUCUUCGAGAAGAGUAUGGUCGGGCAGAUGUAUUUCCCCGAUGAGCAUAAGGUGGCGGUGUAUUUGCCGUUGCUGGGGCCCGUGGGGGUACCGCUUAUUGUGGGUCUACUGAAGGAGGUGAAGAAGGUAGCGAGUGCUUGGAAGGAGAGGAGGACGUGA